GUCGGGAUGGAGUUUGAGGAGUCCGGUAUCGGGGAGGAGUGCGGUGUUUUCGGGUGUGUGGCAGCGGGAGAGUGGCCCACGCAGCUGGAGGUGGCCCAGGUCCUGACUCUGGGACUAACAGCGUUACAGCACAGGGGUCAGGAGAGCGCCGGGAUGGUCCUGAGUAAUGGAGCCAGCCCCCCCACAUACACAGCCCACAAGGGGAUGGGGCUAGUGAGCACAGCUUUCCCUGCCGAGGCGCUCCAGAAGCUGCGUUACGGUAACCUUGGUAUUUGUCACACUCGAUAUUCAACCACCGGACACUCUGAGCUGCAGAACUGUCAGCCGUUUGUGGUGGACACUCUGCACGGGAAGAUCGCCGUGGCACACAACGGAGAGCUGGUCAACGCUCAACGCCUGAGGAAGAAGGUGAUGCGUCAUGGAGUGGGCCUCUCCACCGGCUCAGACAGUGAACUCAUCACUCAGCUGCUCGCUCUGACCCCCCCCAUGGAGGAGCUGGACGCACCGGACUGGGUUGCCAGAAUAAAGAAUCUGAUGACUGAGACCCCCACCUCGUACUCUCUACUGGUGAUGUAUAAAGACGUGGUCUACGCGGUGAGAGACCCUUAUGGAAACCGUCCCCUCUGCAUCGGACAGCUGGUUCCCGUCUCUAAACUGCACAGCUCCGGUUCUGGAGAGGAGGAUGCAGAGGGCUGGGUGGUCUCUUCAGAGUCCUGCAGCUUCCAGUCCAUCGGUGCAAAGUAUUACAGAGAGGUCUUACCUGGAGAAAUAGUCCAGAUAUCCAAACACGGGGUGAAGACUCUGAGUAUCGUCCCUCGCCCUGAAGGAGACCCCCCCGCCUUCUGCAUCUUCGAAUACGUUUACUUUGCCAGACCAGACUCUAUUUUUGAAGGUCAGAUGGUGUAUACUGUCCGGCAGCGCUGUGGUCGGCAGUUAGCCAUCGAGGCUCCGACAGACGCAGACGUGGUCAGCACUGUGCCUGAGUCGGCCACUCCCGCUGCUCUGGGUUACGCUCAGCAGUCCGGUCUGCCGUACAUAGAGGUUCUUUGUAAGAACCGCUACGUUGGGAGAACGUUUAUUCAACCCAACACCCGCCUGAGGCAGCUGGGAGUCGCCAAGAAGUUCGGAGCUUUGACCGACAACUUUGCGGGGAAACGAGUGGUGCUGGUAGACGAUUCCAUCGUCAGAGGGAACACCAUCGCCCCGAUCAUCAAACUACUGAAGGAGGCUGGAGCAACCGAGGUCCAUAUCAGGGUCGCCUCUCCCCCUAUCAGGUUCCCGUGCUACAUGGGCAUCAAUAUUCCAACUAAAGAGGAGCUCAUCGCCAACAAGCCUGAGUUUCAGGAAAUCGCUAGACACAUAGGAGCUGACAGUGUUCAGUAUCUGACUGUGGAGGGUCUGGUGUCGGCUGUGCAGCAGGGGAUCAGCUCCAUGCAGGAGAAGGACAAGAUGAUCAGCUCCAGGAACACAUCGGGCAAGAGGGUGGGACACUGCACCGCCUGUCUGACCGGGAAGUACCCCAUAGAGCUGGAGUGGUAACUGAUUUAAAAUGAGCAGUGAUGGUCACUGUGGAUUUAAUGCCACAGCUGAUAUGUGAAUGAUGUGUUUCAGUAGAGGAGGAGCACAGGUCAGUCUGGGAAACUAAAACUAUUCUUAAGUGUUAUCAUGAUCUGACCACUGGUGUAGAAAUCUGCUGUUUGUUUGGGACCACACAACUCUGAUGCUGUUUUUGUUGUAAAUGUAACCUUUAAACUACUUUGAUGAUUGUUGGCCUGGAUGUACCUGAGCAUUAGUUUACCUUGUCAGAAAGUCGCACAAGGCUAGAGACCAAAAACUGUCUUUAUUUUCUUUUGUCACUUUUACUUUUCUACCUUUUUUUUCUCCGUUGUUUUGGAUCUGACUGUUGCCUAUUUAGUUUUAUUUUUGACUCUGAACAUCACAUGAAUGUCAAAAGGUUAAUAAAAAACAAUUGCAAAAAGAA